AAACCCCCGCCGAGACAAAAAUAAACGAAGAAAGUAGCCUGCAAUUAAGGGCUUAUCAACAAGAAGAUGUUAAAUUUCUUAGCCCACAAAAAAGUAUUGGAAUUUUUAACGAAAUGCGUACCGGCAAAACCCCCACUGCUUUGGCCAUUUUUAAAGCGCAAGGAAUCGUUUUUUGUGCAAUUAUUGACGAAGCUCAUUUUUUAAGGAAUUGUCAAUCCCAACAAAGUAAAAGCAUUUAUACUUUAAAAGACAGUGAAUAUAAAAUGGCUUUGACCGGAACCCCAAUCGUUAAUCAUUCCAAAAGCGAAAUUUCUACCAAAAACCGAACCUUUACAAUUAAAAAAGUUAUAGGUUUUAAAAGUGAAAAAGCAAAACAAGAACUACAAAAAAGGAUUAACCAAAUCUCCGUGGCCCGUAAACAAAAAGAG